AUGACAGCUGGGUUUAGCUUCCACGGUGCUCUCAUCCACUCACUUGGCCCCAACGAGGUGGAAAUACUCGAACAAGCCGGCCUUAUCGUUGAUAGCGACGGCAUCAUAUCUUCAUUCUCUCGAAACGUUUCAGCGGAAGAGUUCUCCAAACAAGUCCCCGGCGAUGCUCUACUUUACACACUGCCAAAAGGCCAUUUCUUGAUGCCGGGGUUCAUCGAUACGCACAAUCAUGCCCCACAAUGGGCUAUGCGUGGACUUGGUCAGGGUCUACAUAUCCUUGACUGGCUGGAUAAAGUCACUUUCCCUCACGAAGCGCGAUUCUCUGACCCCGUUUAUGCUCGAAAGGUAUAUGAGAGCUGCGUUGAUGGAUUUCUCAAUCAAGGCAUCACAACGGCGUCGUAUUAUGGCUCAAAACAUGCCGAAGCGACGCAGAUUCUCGCCGACAUCUGUCUCAACAAGGGCCAGAGGGCAUUUGUCGGAAAGUGCAACAUGGACCGCAACGCUCCAAGCUACCUCCAUGACGAGUCAGCGAAGUCGUCGCUACAGGAGACAGUGGAUUGUGUAAAGUAUAUCCGUAACAUCGACCCUACCGGAGGACUUGUACGCCCUAUCCUGACACCUCGGUUUGCCAUUUCCUGCACUUCGGAGCUGCUUGCUGGCUUAGGCAGGAUGGCCGGUGAAGAUCCCGAGCUUGCUAUUCAGACGCACUUCAACGAGGCAGAGCAAGAAAUCAAGGCAACAAGAGAAUUGUUCCCCGAAUUUUCGAGCGAGGCCGACUUAUACCAUCACUUUGGUCUCUUGAAUCAGCGCUCAAUUCUUGCUCACUGCACGUUCAUGACGGAUUAUGAAAUGGAAAAGGUUCGGGAGUACGGUUGCGGGGUAGCGCAUUGCCCGAUUUCCAACAUGACGGUUGGCGGUGGCUUUAUGGCAGCAUCGAUACGCCAAUUCUUAGACCGGGGCAUUAAAGUUGGUCUGGGUACUGAUAGUGGUGGCGGCUUCUCGUCAAGCAUGCUUGACAGCAUCCGCCAGGCCGUCAUUGCAUCGAAUGCUCGUGAAGUAAUGUCAGGAGGAACAGACAAGGCGUUGUCCCUGAAUGAAGUCUUUUACCUGUCAACUUUAGGCGGGGCUAAAGUUUGUUGUUUGGAAGACAAAGUUGGCAACUUCGCUGUGGGCAAAGAAUUCGAUGCUCUGUGGCUGACGUGCCCACUGGAGUCCUUUGGUGUCAUGACCGUGAGGGAGGAGUCGGACACCCUGAGGACGGUAUUUGAAAAGUUUCUCAUGACAGGAGAUGAUCGGAAUAUUGCACGUGUGUUUGUGAAGGGCAGGCUAGUUAAAGAUGUUCUCACAGCCGAGAAUGCCAUGUAG